GGCAAGAACCUGGAGCCGGGGCUGUUAGAUCGGCGCCGUAGGGUCUUGCUCCGAAGCUCCGCCUUCUCUCCGGUUUUUCUAGAAGCCCGGCUUUGCUCUUGGCAGUGUCGUACAGGUAUUUUCCGGCCCCUUCGGGUGCUCCCAAGGCAGUUCGCUGCACCGGAGCGGGCGAAACUUUUCUUCUGUUGAGCGUCCGAGGCGCGUGUGCGAAUCUCCCCAUGGCAGAAACGGCCCCGAACGGCCCCCAAGGGGCGGGCGCAGUGCAAUUCAUGAUGACCAAUAAACUGGACACGGCCAUGUGGCUUUCUCGAUUGUUCACAGUUUACUGCUCUGCCUUGUUUGUUCUGCCACUUCUUGGGUUGCACGAAGCUGCAAGCUUUUACCAGCGUGCUUUACUGGCAAAUGCUCUUACUAGUGCUCUGAGACUGCACCAGAGAUUACCACAUUUCCAGUUAAGCAGAGCAUUCCUGGCCCAGGCUUUAUUGGAAGACAGCUGCCACUACCUGUUGUACUCACUCAUCUUUGUCAAUUCCUACCCGGUUACAAUGAGUAUUUUUCCUGUGUUGUUAUUCUCCUUGCUUCAUGCUGCCACAUAUACGAAAAAGGUCCUUGAUGCGAAGGGUUCAAAUAGUUUACCUUUGCUGAGAUCUAUCUUGGAUAAACUAAGCGCUAAUCAACAGAAUAUUCUGAAAUUCAUUGCUUGUAAUGAAAUAUUCUUGAUGCCUGCUACAGUUUUUAUGCUUUUUAGUGGUCAAGGGAGUUUGCUCCAGCCUUUUAUCUACUAUAGAUUUCUUACUCUUCGGUAUUCCUCUCGAAGAAAUCCAUAUUGUCGGACCUUGUUCAAUGAACUGAGGAUUGUUGUUGAACAUGUGAUAAUGAAACCUGCUUGCCCACUGUUUGUGAGAAGACUUUGUCUCCAGAGUAUUGCUUUUAUAAGCAGACUGGCACCAACAGUUGCGUAGUCUAACAUCCAGCUAAGUUAUAUAUAAUAUAAAUAAGCAUUAUUAGCAGUUGGUACUUCUGCUAGGGGUUGUUAAUUCCAGGUGUAAAACUGACCUCAGUCUAAUUUACAUAAUUUACAUAAAUGCAUAUCAAUGGAAAAGUAAUCAUUUUUCUGGCAUGUUAAAUCAAGCCUUUGAAAAAAAUUCCCCGAGAAAAUUUUACUCUUCUGUGUUGUUAAUGAUUAAGGAAGUUUCUAUCAUGUGAUAAAUGUAUCAAAAAUUUUUUUAAAUGCUGCUGUGCCUUUAUCAUGAAGUACAUUUAUUUCUCUUGUAAAAGUAGCUUUAAAAUUUCUUUCAACCUAAUGGGUACCCUGAAUUUAUAUCUGGCAUGAUUUCAUCAUGGUAAUAUUAACAUACAUGAAUUCAUUAUAUUUUGAGACAGUAUUCUUUUGCCAUUCAGUAAUUUUGGUUGAUGAUUUUAAAAGAAGCAUUUACCACUGUAUUUAAUUUCAAAUUGUUACUAAUUGAUUUUGUGCUGCUUUGUUAGGGUUUAUUUUGGAUGUACCAUUAUGAGAGAAAUUCUGCAUGCAUCUUACGCUCUGACCUUCCAGAAUUUUAUUUCCAUAAUUACUUAAUGUGGCUUUGAAUAUUUUUUAGAAAGGCUGAACUGUUAAGCUUAUUAGCCAACUGGGUAAAUAUCUGGGGUCACAACUGUUUUACAUUGGAAAGCAGUAGUUCCACAGCUUUCCUUGCAGAGAUCCAUAAAGUCACCUUUCUCAAAUAGGAAACACUUUUACAAAUGUGGACAUGUAGAAUAUUAGCGUCAAUAUAGUUUCUAGAAUUACCUAGAUGAGACUCUUGACUGCCAGUUCUCUCGGUUUCUUAGGCUUGAAUUUAACAGGCAGUGGCAGCAGUUCAGAUGUGUUUUGAAAGGAAUGUAACUGGAGAUUGAACAUAUGCCUGUGCCUGGUGUCUGUUCUGAAAUAAUAAUGAAGAUUAUCCUGUAGACUACAUACUUACCCAUGAAAUCUGAUUUAAAAGCUUAGAUGGAGAGGUUUAUAGGUAAGAUAAUUGGUUGGGGAUGGGGCUGGAGAGGACUUGUGGGGAGGGGGAACAGUGUGUAUUUUAAUUUCGUAACGCAUAGGUAAAAUUGGGAGUAUAAUAUGUUAAAUCCUGUUUGUUGAGCUGCCGUCAACUUCUUUAUAAAAUUCAUUCUGAUCUUUAUUACUGUUGCAUGAUUGGGAAUGUUUAAGACACUGCAAAAAUUUUAGUACACAGUAAUGGUUUUUGUAACCAGUUUUCUUCUGUCUGCACGUAAUUGGAUUUCUCAGAUAAAUUCAUUAGUAACUUGUCAGUAACAGUUUUCAGUUUAUUCAACUUUCCCAUCUCUGGAAAUGUGAGGUCUACUUGAUAGCUCAACUGUAGCCAACUUUUUUUGUAUUUUUGUAAUAUUUAUCUACUAAGUUAGAAAAGCAGCCUCAUGAAAUACAGUUGAUUGAGUGGAUGGGUGGGUGGGUGUGUGGCUAGCCUCAUUAUCAUUCUAUAUAUAAUCUGAUGGUUUUAAGAACUAAUUUUCUAGAGCAAUAAAGUGGCUGUAAUGUUAAGUAAACAGUAUAUUAUGAUUUCUAAUGAUGUCUUUAAAAAUUAAGUCUUGAAUUAUAUCAAGAAAUUUUGGCAGCUGAAGGUAUAUUUAUUUUUAAGUUACUAGUUUUUUGUCUACAAUUUUUUUUUAAUCUGGAGAUAAUUUUAGAUUUAUAGAAGAGUUAAAAAAAUAGUACAGAGAGUUCUUGUCUACCUUUCACUCAGCUUCCCCUUAUCCUAAAUCUUACAACAUUUAUCAGAACUAAGAAAUUAGCCUUGGAGCAAUACUAUUAAAGUAUAGAACUCAUCAGAUUUCACUGUUUUUUCCAUUUAUUAAUUUUCUUUUAAUGAGCUGUUUUUACUCUGAUUGUCUUUUACUUUUAAUGACCAAUAAGUAUGCCUUUGAGUUUUUCCUCUUCAGUUUGGAAAUUACUGUUGGUGAAAAAGAUUUAUCUAAAGGAAAUGAUUUCAUGUUGGUCUUAACAAAAAGAAUUUUAACAGUAAAACUUAUAAUUUAGAACAUUCUGUGCUUUAAAAGGUGAGCCUUUUAAUCACAUAACAGGAUUCUAUUUCUGAUAUGCUCAUAUUGGACUGUUCUUUAAAGGAAGGCUUGAUUUUUAAAUAAAAUAUUCAACUCAUGAAAAAGUAAAUUUUACAUUGAGCAUUACUAGAUGUUUAGUUUGCAUGAGCUUGUAGCUAGGAAUUCUGCAAUAUGAAUAUGUAGAACCAACUGAUUUGGCAUCUGAAAUUACAGCAUAAUAUGUACACCUAUCAAAUUAAAAUUAAGGAAAUAAAGUAGCAGUAUAUGGAAUGAAUGAAGUAGGAGAAACUGUAGCAUAGGUGAACCUGUUUUUACUUCCAGGUUUGAAAAAGUUGCAUUAACAUCCAGAAUAUCUAAUUCUUUAGGAAGUGGUGUGGUGCUGUUGUCCUUCUAGCACUUUUUGAAUUGAACCCUCUUGGACAGGUAGAAGCCUAACACAAAACCUACUUUUGUUAGAACAAGAAUUCUGUGUUCUUUUUGUUUAUUUGAUUCCUCAUGAAUUUAAACUCUGUUUUGUAAUCAGUCCAAAGAGAAAUUUCUUAAAUCAUAGUUUGUAUUUAAAUUUUCUUGCAAUACAGUUCACCAAAGUAGAUGCUCCUGGAAGUAAGUAAGUAAUUAAAUUUACAUAUUUAGAAACUUCCCUUACAGGGAAAAUUCAAGGCAUGCUGAUACUAUACCAGAAGUUAGGAAAGACUUAGGAGGUCUAUUUUAUACUCUGAAUUGUAAAGCUGUCUGAAUACUCUUUCUAAAAAUCACGAUGAAAAAUUCUGAGUAGGCUUGUAUGUUUAGUAUAUGAAUAUUAAUCAUUUUGGAAAGGAAAAUGAGUGUAUAUGUAGUAAGAUAAGUGGAACCGGGAGACUUAGUUUUUUUUUAAAGUUUGAGAUCAGAGUGAAUGAAAUUAACUUUGAGGGAUUGUGGUUAAAGACUCCUAUUUAAUCCUGAGGAAUUUAUUUUGAUUAAUAUAGUGAUUGUGAAACACUUCUCCCACUCAUGCCCACCCAAAUCCCCCUAGGAUCUGCUAGCCUCAAAGCUACCCAAAUUUAGACUAAUUUUGAUUCUUAAUUCUGUAAUGAAAACCUCAAAGGAGAAAGUAACCACCGACAGUUAUGUAUAUAUAUGAUCAGUAGGUGGCACUCUUUCCUCAAAUAGCCCCGCCCCCACAGUUGUUUCACAGCCCCUGUUGGAAGGUUAAAUGCCACCCAAAGUGGCCUGUAAAACUAAGGACCCGAAUUCCAUGGCCCUUUUUAAUACGUAAUUACCCAGAACUCAACAAAUAUUUUCCAAAUAUGAGUACAUUUAAAAAAUAAUUGAGAUGUUGAAAAGCUGGAAGUAGUACCCUGUUCAUGUUUGCUUUCUGGCUAAAUGAUAAUAUAGGCCACAAUUGGGAGUGGCCUUAUUCAGGUCAUGGGCUCUGUUUUGUUUUUUUCCUUACAAAGAGUGCCUAAAUCAACCUAAAUACACCAGUUAUAAAAUUGUUCUUUUUGUUCGUUCACCUUCACUGUCAGGUGUGUAGAAGAAUGGUACUUAAAAUUUUUCCGUGGUCAUUUUGUAGGUAUACAAGGUAUAUCCAGUUCAGCUUCUUAAAAUUUAGAGUUUUCACAGUAAUAUAAAAGCAUAUUGAGAAUUUGGGUUAUCGUAUCAACAGUGGUACCUAGAUUUGUAAAUUCAGUUGCAGAGACAACUGGUUUCUCUGUAAACCUUGUUGGAAUUUCUCUAGGAUUAGGAGAAAUCUGCACAGGCUAAAUGACAGUGUAGUUCAGUAGGUAGUAUACCAAAGGCAUGUGUUUAUAAAUCCAGGAGGUCCUUUCCAGGGUUUGUUUUAAUGAGCAGUCCUCUUCUAAUAUUCAGAGAGGAAAGUUGUUAUUGGAUCUGGUAUCAAGGAUAAGAAAGGAGCUGCUAAAAGUUUGGAAGGAUUCUUGGUAGUAAUUAUUCUAGGACAUGUGUAUCUUCUAAGGUGGUAUUCAGGUGGAUUCUUAGAAGGAACCCCGUUUUUCCUGUGUGAGGGAUUAGCUCUGGAGUGCUCUUUCUCUGGUGCAGUGCAAAUAGGACAACUGACUGCAUUGAGUUUGAGCUGAUGUGACAGGAGAUAAAGUACAGUAUUUUUAAAAUCUGAAGGAGAUUGUUUCUUAGAAAAGUGAUAAGAAGAAAAUUGAAAGAUACUUCUGCUGGAAUCUAAAAAUUAACUCCUGUUAGAGGAGAAGAAAAGGCUCAAGAGUUGGUUCACAUUUUCCUUUAUAGACUUCUUAAAGCCAACUUUUUGAUAGGCUCAGUCCUUUUAAACUAACUCUUUGUUUUUCUUGGUUCAUGACAGUUGGAUUCCAAAUUUUCUUUUGUACCUUUAAAAUAGAACAAUUGCUUUUGACAGGAAUUUUUGCUUACAUAUAAGUUUGUAAGUUGAGACCAAAUGGGCAAAGUGUUGGGCAGGUAACAUUUGUAAUGUGUUUAUAUUGGAACAAAUGUAAAAGGGUUACAAAGAUUAGAAAGAGUCAUAAAGAACUGCUUGAUUUAUAAAUGCAGUAGUUCUGGUGCUUCAUAUAAUGGGAUAUAUUGAACUAAAACAUUUGUAUAUAUAGUAUGUCAGCAUUUCUUAGUUACUUCUCUUGAAUCCAUUUUUAAUAUCUGAUACUGUACAGGUUGGGGAGUUCUACUCUUCAGGCCAAUACUAUCCAGACUGUGUAAAUUUAUAAAAUAAAUUGAAAAAUUCAUCAUUCUCCUAUAUUCAAGACCAGCGCACAUAAAUGCUAAUGUAGGGCUCAGAGGGGAAAUAUAUUUCUCCUGAAUAUUUGAGAAAAUGUGAAGUCCUUUCAAGAAAAUCUAAUAAACAUAAUAAUCAUAGCCUGCUGACACUAAGGAAAAAGGACCUCAUUCGCUCUUUCUUUUAUGCAGCGAUUUACUGGUCCCUACUGAUUUCCAAAUUGGAUCACUGUAGUAAAUUAUCUAUGCUGGUACCUGUGAAAGUAAGCCCUGGGAUCCAUAUUUGUUUUGUGUUCUGCUUAAAUCAGCAAGAAUGAUAAAUUUGAUGGUGUGAAAUUGGAAGUGUCAAGGGCUUUCUUUGGUGAUUGAGCAAAACGAUGUCUCCACUUUAAUUUAUUGUGACCCUUUUUCACUCUAUGUGCUUUGUAUAUCUAAUAUUUAUUUCAAUACAAAUUAAAUUCUUGUUCCUUCAUCUGUAUUGUUAUAUACCUAAGAUUUUAUUGAUGUAAAAAAUCAAAUUGUGUAAUAAAAAUCUCUCUGGAUUUAA